AUGGUAGAUGCAGAGACAGCUACUGCGGUCUAUGCGCAAAUUGGAAAGAUGCGUGAGAUUGCCAUGAGCAAACAGAUUAAUAUCCCUGAGAAUGCGUACGUGGCCACGAGUGAUAUUGCUACGGCACUUCUUUCGUCAAACGGAGACGAACAGUCUGCUUUGAAGAAGAUCAAAGCCAAGUUUGGUCGUAAGAAACGAGCUUUUCCGCCGGAGAUGAUCCGGAGCAACAAGAAAGGUAAAAGCAUGGGUGGUGAGAAUGGUGGUGAUGAGAGUAGGGCCUCAGCGGAUUAUGACGAAAGACAAUAUGAUGAAGAUAAAUCGAUGGCUCCUCACAAAACAAUUCGUUUGGUGGAAGAAGCUCGUGAGAAAAAAGCUGCAAACCCUGCAAACCAGAAGCUCGUGGAUGCGUUUGCCAACUAUGGCGAGGAACAACUUGAUCGUGGGCAUACUGGUAAAGGGGUGUCACAUUUGCGAGCUGCAAUCCACAUCCGUGACCACCCGGAUGCCAUCACGACUGCUAGACAGGCACGUGCUGUUCCAAUGGUAGGUAGCAAGCUUGCAUCUCAAAUUGAAGAGGUGUUGGUUACAGGGAAGUUCAAGGAUGAGACUUCCGACCAAAAUGUUGGCACGGAUGUUGACAAUCACCAGCGACCCCAGUUGGUGGUCGAUAUCCACAACUCUCGUGCCAAACGUCCCGAGAACCAGAUAUUGGUGGACGAGCUUACGAAAUUUGGUGAACAUGAGCUUUACUUCGGUAGUUCGGGCAAAGGAACGAGUCAUCUUCGUGCAGCACGCGAAAUUCAACUUAGUGAUCAAGUAGUUAAGUCUGGGUCAACAGCCCGGACAAGCAUCCCGCUCGUAGGUGACGUGAUUGCUGACAAGAUUGACCAAAUCUUAAAGCAUGGACGUAUCGUAAAAGACACCGGAGAAACUACAGGAUCGAAAAGCUAUUCGCGCGGCAGUGGUGGUGGUUAUACACUAGCUCCGAUUGUACAAGAUUUGCGAGAGAAACCUGCCGUAUGCUCCGAGAAUCAGCCCAUUGUCGAUGCUUUAGUCGACUACGGUGACAGCCAUUUGAACUCAGGUCACCGAGGUAAAGGGAUAUCGCACUUGCGAGCAGCUCAAAAUAUUCGAGAUUCGAAGACAGUGGUGAAGUCGGGACAGCAAGCAAACAAGGAGGUUGGGAUGGUAGGGAAACGCAUUGCUGCUAAGAUCGAUCAGAUCCUUGAGCAAGGUCAUGCUGAUAGUGACGAAGAUUACGAGUACGAUCCAGAGCAAGAUAAUGAAGAUGAAGGAGCUGAUUAUGGUGAGCUCGACCGUGAUUCGACAGUGCCGCCCAUUGUGCAGGACGUUACGAGCAAGCCUGCUAAAGUUCAAAAGAACCAAGCUUUGGUGGAUGCUCUUGUGGAAUAUGGUGAAGCGGAACUUAACAAACGCCAUACGGGUCGAGGUACGGCAUUUUUGCGUGCAGCACGCCGUAUCCGUGAUGCGAACGUUGCGGUGACCAACGGCGAGGAAGCAAAAAAGCUCGGACGGAUUGGGAACAAGGUUGCGGAGUACAUUGACACGUCUGUGUCUAAUUAG